GCGACCAGUCUGGCACAUGCGCCGGAUGGGCAGGUCACUUUAGACUUGGGCGACGGUGGCGACCCCAUCGCAGUCACGUUGUCCAGUGGGAGGGUCGUCAUCCAAAAAAGAACCAGUGGCAGCAUUGAUUUCUUCAGGGGGUGGUCCGAGUACAAGUCGGGCUUUGGCGACAACGACAACUUCUGGCUCGGGAAUGACAACAUCCACCGUCUCACUGAAGCGUCGAGCGAGAUCGAGCUGCGGGUGGACCUAGUGGACGCCACUGGUCAGCCGGGGCACGCCACGUAUUCCAAUUUCCACGUGGACAGCGAAUCGAACCUAUAUCAAUUGACAGUCGGCGGGUAUUCAGGAGACAUCGGAGACAGCCUGGCCAUCCACAACGGGCGCAGCUUUACAACCAGUGAUCAGGACAACGACCUUGACCAGCAGGGCAACUGCGCCAGUAAAUAUUUGGGCGCGUGGUGGUACAACAACUGCCACCGGUUGGCAAGUGAUUUCUCCCACACCCAGCCCAACAGCCAGCCCCACGCCAAGCCCGACUUCGCACCCGACGGCAUUCCCGACGCCGUACCCGACAGCCUUCCCGACUCCAUACCCAACUGCCUUCCCGACGCCGUACCCGACGGCUUUCCCGACAGCCUUCCCGACGCCGCGUGCCCGGAGAUCCCGGGUGACCUCGACCAGCCCGACUACGUCGGCAGGGCCCUCAGCGCUGGCAACCUGGCGCUGACCGCGGCGGCGGGCUGCCGCCGACGCCGGCCUCGCCAGCUCGAGACGCCCGAGGCGCAGCCUGAGCAGGCCCCGCGCCCCACCGCGGAGGACGACGCCGACGCCGUCGCGCUGAGGGCCGAGGGGCUGUUGAGCGCAGUAUCCGCUGUCACCCCCGGCGGCGACCGCUAUGAGAGGGAUGCCACCAUCGGUGACGGUGUCUAUUCUGAUCACCGGAUCGAGGAUGAGCUCACGUGGGAAGCCCAUGGCAUCGGGGACAGUGCCAUGAUGCCGCUGGCGGGUGGUGACACCGCGGUGCUCAUGCAGUUCGAUCGGAAGGAUCUUGACGACUACGUCAACGAUGACCUGAGAACUCCUGCGACGCAGUCGGGGCACAGGAAGGGGGCCGCCAAGAUGCAGAGCGGGGACACGUCGCAGCAUGAGUGCGAGGCGCUCUCCCAUAUCCUGGAGGCGAUGGCGCAUGUGGACCAGCUCAGCGUGACCGUCGGCCAGUCGGGAGAGCUGAUGGCUACGAGGCUCCGUCUUGCCGAGGACGCGCCCGCCCGCGCUAGAGCUGGGGGCGCGCCAGACUACAGAGCGGCUGACUGCUGCAUGGGCUGGUCUUCGCGCAGGAAGGGAGUGGUCAUCGACCCGCAUUUGCGCCGCCUCGCCGCCGACAACCUCCGCGGCGAGUCGCAGGAUGCCGCGGAGGCGAGCAAGGCGAAGGAGGAGCAGCGGCUGCGCGCGCAGACUGGCGGCGGCAUAAAGGACGGCAGGAACGACAAGGAGCGCCCCUGA